AUGACGACUCACAUCUCCCAUCUCGAACAGGAUUUAUCCGGUUCCGUGACCACUACAACUAGUGCCGUCUCCCACCUUUCCUGUGGCGCCCCCGAUUCUGUGCCAAUUUUUCACAGUCUCUUGAGGUUUCGUUCCGAUCAUCGUCGGUCUUUAGAAACUUCGAGUGUAGUUGGCGACACUGUUGCGGUCGAGCAAGUUCCACGGCCAGGCCAUCGGCGGCGAGCGUCCAUACUUAGCAAGCUGGCGGGUCCGCGGGAAAACGCAAAGCGAUUCCUCCGCCUGGGGACCCCUAUCCACUUGACUACUACCCUGACGCCACCCACUCCCUCAAUGCCCGAAACACAUCGCCCUCGUCCGGUGUCUGAGAUCUUUCUGUCCCCCGAUGAUGCACAAAUGCUUUCCAGCACGGGUUUGAGGACGGGCAGGCUGCGCUCCCACUCUUCGUCGACUGUGUCGGCGUCCCAGCCUUCCCCGAUUUCGGCUCAACCGGCAAUCCCGGCGGCGGAUCCAUCGGUGCCGUUUCCCACACUGCGCAAUGAGAAGAUCGUGGCGACCGGCAGUGGGAUAACUGUUGGUGUUGCGCUCACCGAACCCGUUCUGUUUCUUCAGGGAUAUGAUCAUAAUGAUCCCAGCACUAAAAAGUCCGCCAUCUUGCGCGGGCAGCUGCAUCUUAAAAUCACCAAGAGUGUCAAGGUCAAGAAGAUCUCCAUUUGUUUCCGCGGACAUGCUCAGACCGAUUGGCCGGAUGGCAUUCCGCCCAAGAAAGUCCACUUCCACGACAAGAAAGACCUCGUCACACAUGGCGUCAUGUACUUCAACCAUGGAGAUACUGCGCUAAUGCAGAACGACUACGGCGCGCACUUCUACCAGCACGCCAAACCGGUGACGUCGGUGACGGGCAAGGAUGGGCCGACCACCAGCACUCGGGAGUUGCUCUCAAAGACCGGCUCGGCGACCUCGUUGGGCCAGAACGGCCAGCUCACGACCAAGGAUCUGAAGCGACUGUCUUUGCAGUCCAAUCAUUCGCGCAGUUUCGGCAAGAAUGACGCCCCGCCGCCCCCGGUUCACACUCAGCGCAACUACCGGUUGUUCCCUGUCGGUGAUUAUCUGUAUAGCUUCGAGUUUCCCAUCGAUGGAUCUCUCCCAGAGACGAUCAAGACUGAUCUGGGGUCUGUUCGGUACGAUAUCGAAGCGAUCGUGGAACGGGCGGGUGCGUUCCGCCCCAACCUGCUGGGUACGUUGGAAGUGCCGGUCAUCCGCACGCCGGCAGAGGGCUCGUUGGAGCAGGUCGAGCCGAUCGCCAUCUCGCGAAACUGGGAAGACCAACUGCAUUAUGACAUUGUCAUCUCGGGAAAGUCAUUCCCUCUUGGAUCGCAGGUUCCCAUUGCGUUCAAAUUGACGCCGUUGGCGAAGGUCGAGUGCCACCGCAUCAAGGUGUAUGUGACCGAAAACAUUCAGCACUGGACUGCGGACAAGAGCGUCCAUCGGUUUCAGCCAGCGAAGAAGGUGCUGCUUUUCGAGAAACGGGCGGACUCGGCCAGUACCAGUGAAGAGAUUGUCGAUCGGAACCGCACCAACCUCCUUGGAAACCUCUCCAGCGACGCGGGGGUUGGCCCGACUGAGAUGGAGUUCAACGUUCAGCUUCCCAGUUGCCAGGAGAUGCGCAACCGGGAUGAGUCCCAGCGACUGCAUUUUGACACCACGUAUGAAAACAUCCAAAUCAACCAUUGGAUCAAGAUUGUACUGCGGCUGUCCAAGGUUGACGAAAGAGAUUCGGGUAAGCGAAGACACUUCGAGAUCUCGAUCGACUCUCCAUUCCACCUGCUUUCUUGCAAGGCUACACAAGCGAAUAUCUACCUACCAGCAUACACCUCGCCCGACUCGGAGCCGCAGCCGCAGGCUCAGGAGUAUGAAUGUGGUUGUCCGGGGGCGCCGCCCGUCAACAGGAAUGGCUCUCGGAACGGCUCCAGCCGGCAGUCACUGUCCUCUGACCGGGACGAGGUGCCACUCGGCGGCGCAGUUGCGAGAAGCUUCACCAAUGGUUCCGGCGGGCUGGCUCGACCUCCCCAGGCGCACUUGGCGGAUGAGCCAACCGAUCGAAAUCCUGCGCCGCGACCGAUGCAUCUUCUGCGGGCGCCAUCAUUUGCACCGCCCGCCUUUGAGGAAGUCCCGCCACCACCACCACUCGUGACGCCUCCCCCGGAGUAUAACUCCAUUGUUGGGGAUAACGACAGAGAAUCGGUGCUGCAGGACUACUUCUCACGGCUAUCCUUUUACGAGGAACAUGCCGACGAUGAUCGGGGCCGCGGACGAGUUGAUGUGCCUCUGACGCCAGGAGGGCGUGUGAACCGCAGCAUGGACGUCCCACGCGAGUGGGUGCGUCUGGAGGAGUCGGCCGUCUAA